GGAAGUUAAGUGAGCGUAUUUAACAUAGUAAGCAUAGUUGAUAGUAGGAUUUAUAUUUUCAAGAGCAUAUUUAAAAUGCAAAGUUUGACCUUGAACAACCUGGAGAUUAAAAUGAUCUUUGACGUUAGAUUAGGAUUUUCUUAGAGAUCAAAGGAUAAACACACAGGAUGUUCCCGACAACAGCAACAACAAAAUAUUCCUCAAUUCAUCCAAGAUAAACCGAAGCAGAGCAGGUCGCCAUUGAUGAACAAUACAACAAUUCUCAAUGCAUCAUCUCUCUCUGAAGAUGAUGAAAACCAGAUUCAGCGACAAUCAAGUUACCAUGGUAACCAAUUAGGUGUAUAUAAGAGGAGCAAAGCUGAAACUCCAGUAUUAGAAACCAUGUCUUGGGAUUACGCAUCAGCCAAUGACAUGUCCUCAGGGACAGUAAGAUAUUUAAAUCAACAGAAAGAUGAUUCGUAUUUGUUACAUGGAUCAUCAUUUGGAGAUAAUUUUUAUGGAAAUCAGAGGACUAGUACAUUGAAUUCUGGAAAUGGAUACUUCGAAAAAAUGCCAAAUUCCCAAAUGGGAAACAGUUCAUAUAAUAGUUAUAAUACUCAAAUAGCACCCUCAUGCAAUGAUGUAAACAAUUCGGGGGUAUACUCAACAGACUCAAAUAACUCAUCGUUAGAGCUGAGUAAGCAUCGGAUAAGACUGCAGGAAAUUGACAGUCAGCUCUUGGAACUAGACAAGCAGCUAACAGAUUGUAACAAAAGUAAAACAAGCACAAAGACUUUAGGUUCUCAUUACACGUCACGUCAGAAUCACACAAGCCAAAAUGGCGAUGGUGAUCACUCUUUGACCACAUACAAUGAUCAGAGUCUUCAUACAUCACAUCUAAAUGAACAUAGACUUGCUCAGUCCCUACCUUUACAAACUUAUGAAUAUACUCAGUCUAGAACUGCAUACAUGCCAAAUAUGGAUAAUUCAAAUCAGGUGCCACAAAUUAUGAGCGUUGAUGAUUUAAAGGAAUCAACUGGGUGUCAGACAAGCCCAGAUAUAUGCAAGACAUCAAAGAAUGCUCAGACCUCACCCAUUAGACAACUCAGCUCAAGCACACUCAGGUCAUAUGACCUUGACAUUGGUGCAAAAUCUAUGGGGAGGACACCUUUUAAAUCAGGGAAUAUGGACAAGCAAAGUAAUUCUAGAAUGAGACUCGCAGAAAUACAAUACAAUGAACCCAAACAGAACUAUGAUCAAACGCUCAAAUCAGGAACCUCUUUAGUAAAAGGAAAUCCUGUAACAGCUGUAGGGACAUAUCCAGCAACAUCUACAGGAGUUUAUCCACUAACAGCUGCAACUAAAUAUGAUUCGGUGAGUGGAAACCCUGCCACCCAUGAUCUUUACCCAGCACCUAAUAGUUACCCAUACACAAGUAGUGACAGUGAAGAUGAUGAUUUGGAUUCAUUGCUCAAUAGAUCACUUGAACUGCAAUCCCAUAUUAAAGUAUCACAUGAUGAAACUGAGGCUUAUGAACCUUUGUCACCCACUGGGAAAAAGUAUCUUGGAAUGUAUUCUGGGAGACGGGUUUCCCGAAGAACUAGGGCACACUCCUCAGAGCAUUACAUGGCUAGCUCACCUGUAGGCCCUAGAACAUACUCUCCCAACUUCACACGUACACAGUCUCACUCCAUUGACCAGAUGGUGGGUCAACUUGACCUUGACAACAGCCUCUUCACCAUCCAGUCUAUCAAGGCCAAUAUGGAGGACUCUUAUACAAUACAACUUGAUGAUUCAAACUCUUCAAACCAUUUCACAAGCCCACAAAGAUAUCACAAGAAGUAUGAUGAUAUUCCCAGUAGAGAUGAUAACUACCUGGAAUCAAAAUACAAGAGAAGCCCUGGUAUGGAGAAAAUGUCCUCAGCUUUGUGGGCCAUGAGACUAAUUGAGCUCCUACACAAUGCUGACCCACUCACAAGACAGAAUAUCAUACUCAAGGCUCGCUGGUUCAGGAGGUGGCUUACCAAUGUGAGAUGCAUAAGGACAGACAGACUUCACCAUGAACACAUGCAGAAUAUGGCGAAGGAGGUGCGUCGUCAGCAGUUACUUGCUCAUUAUUUCUACCUCUGGAGGGCUAAGGCUAGGCGAACUAGAGUCCUCGAAGCCCUUGCCCUCUAUAGGCUCAAUGCCCUUAGGAAGGGCUUUGAUGGCUUGAAGUGGGCUGUACAGAAAACAAAGGCAUUGUAUGAGAGUUUGGAUCAAGAAAGACAACAUGUUCUAAAAGAGAAAUUUUUUUACAUGUGGAAGGAGAAAACAGAGAAACGUCAUCAAGUUAUCCUGAGGUCAACAUUUGAUAGGUGGCAGCACUUUAAGUUAGCGAUGCAGCGAGAACGAUUGCUUGAAGGUGCAGCCAACAAAUUAGUGUUGAGCAGGGCGUACUGUCAGUGGAAGGACUUGUACAAAACACAACAGAAAUACAGCAUGGCUGCUCUGCAUCACAAAGUGUCUAUGUUGACAAAGGGGUGGCAGGCCUGGAGGGCGUACACAAUGCAAGCCAUUGUGCACAAACGACAGAAAGAAGUGGCCAGAGUCAACUAUAUAAAUAACCUGACCACAAAAACAUUCUGCCAAAUGAAAACUGUAUUUGAAAAGCAUCAAAUAGCCAAAGAGCAUUGCAGGUGUCAGCUUUUGCAUAGAGUGUUGCUGUCAUGGAAACAGAAUGUUUGGAUCAGUAAGGCUGAGAGAGUACGGGAUCAUAGUCGUAGUAUAGAGUUUAGAAAGAAGGCGCUGUUACAGUCAUGCUGGGUGCAAUGGUCACAUAGGUUACUAAUGCAACGGGCUGAAAACCAUGCCAAACACAUAACAUUAUCGAAAGCAUUGGAGAUGUGGGUUUUAAGAUGGCGUCGCAAUACAAUUCAAAGACAACGUCAGGAAGCUCAGCUCUGUUUGCGACUGAAGCAGGGAGCAUUAGCAACUUGGAACCACUACGUGCAAGACAGGAGAACUGCCAGGGAAAGGGGGAUUUGUCUUUUAAAGCGAGCACAUAUCAGAGGACUUCUCCGUAGAUGGUCUGAGUAUACCAAAAUUAGGAACAUACAAAGAUGUAAGAUGGAGGAAUUUCAGGCUAAAAUGAGACAGAGGCAGAAAUCUGUUGCCCUGGCGACAUGGGUGAGCCACCUGCAUCUCCUCAUGGACAGACAGAAGGCCCAGCAAUAUUGGUCAAUGGCUUGUGCAAGGAAAGCUGCCCAUCGAUGGCACACUGUUGUCCAUAUAAGGAGACUUAAUGAUUUGCUAGUUUCCACCCAGCCUCAUAGAGAUACAAAUACACUAAGAGUGUACUUUGGUAAAUGGUUGUCAGCGAAACACCAGUGUGAGAGACAAUACCAGAGAGCCAUUGAUGCUGAACGUGGCAUGCAAUGUACAACCAUGCGUAACAUCUUCACGAAAUGGAGGAUUCAGACCCAACAGGCCCUUACCAUUAAACCUAUUAGAACCAGGGUCAAUAGGAAACUUACUGCUAGGGUGUUUGAUGCCUGGAGAGAGGUGCACACAAGGAAGCAGAGACUCCAGAAAUUGGCUGAGGAACAUCAGAAUCAAACCACCAGGAAUAUCUUCUUCAUCUGGAGAGAGAAGUAUCAAAUGAAGCAAAAAGAAAGAAAAGUUGCAAUAGCUAUAGUUCGAGGAUGUGCCACUAGGUGUCUUUAUGCAUGGAAAAGUGUUGUCGAAAGGAGGCAUAUGUGUGAGGACUUCAAGGCUCAUAGUUUAUCUUUGGUCCUCAAGAGGGCGUUCUCUGUCUGGCGCAAUAGAUUAGCAUACAAGGAAAUGGUGAAAUUUGAACUGGAAGCAAAAAAGACGUAUCGGUUCAAUUUGAUGCACAAGUACUUCAAUAGGUGGCGAGCAAAUGCAAAUACAGUGAAAGUAGAAGUCCGCGAAUUCUUGGAUCGUCUUGAUAGAGCUAAGAAUGAGCACCUUGUGCACUCAACAUUUGAAACUUGGAAACGACAACUUGUUGGCUCUAGAAUAGCUAGUGAGCACCAGCGGGUUGUUGCCAGCAGGAGGCUUAGAGACAUCAUCCAAUCGUGGCACCAAUACACAAGAGCCAUGUACAGUGACUCAGUUCAGACAUUCUCUUCAGCUUUGUGCAAUGCAUCACUUCAACUCACACCAUCUAAGUCAUCGGAGAACUCCCAUUUAUCAGACAGGUCGCAUAUGACACUGGUGACACAGAUUGAAAAGUCCCAGUAUUCCCCUGCCUCUACCAUAGCGCCAUCUGCUUCUUCUCCUACCAACAGUGAGGAAUCAUCGAUUUCGCAUAUAACAAGUGUCAGUAGUAGUGGCUUCCAUAGUAACGGCUUCCAGAGCAAUACUGACAGAAGGUUCUCCAGCAAUGGGAGUCAUGGUAUCCUAGCCCAACACUCGAACGGAGGCAGUAGUGGAAUUGACAGUAUGCAUGCUCCCUCCCCGAUCCAUGGUUCUUUUAGCUCCUUGACCAAACACAAUUUCUACCCCCUUGACAGACUGAGCCCCCUCAGUGACUACGCAGCAGAGAAUGACACAUAUAGCAAUGUAUUCUCCACACCUCGAUCAACUAACUCAAACAAAUCACUUUCCUUGGGCUGUCGACAGAGCCUGGACCGUAGACUAAGCUAUGAAAGGUCAUAUGCCCUGGAGAAGGUCUGUUUGGAGACCGAGAAGCUGUCACUGGGCAGCAGUAGUUUCUCGGAUCCUUUCUUGAUCAACAUAGAGAACAACAACAAGAAUGUCAAGAAUAUAAUGAUCUACACAAUCAAUAGAUGGUGUAAUUGGCCCGUGAGUGCCACCUUUUAUCAGUGGUUGGAGUAUGUAAGAUGGCGCAGAGAUAUGAGACUGAUGAGAGAGGACUUUGAGGAACAGAGGAAAGUGACCUACUUGGCAAAGACUUUAAGACAAUGGAAAUACCAAUACAAAGCCUGUGUCCUGGCAAGAGAACACAGGAACACUGUAUUGCUAAAGAAGGGUCUAGAUGGGUUGAGGCAAUAUUUAGCCUGGAGGCAAAUGAAGACACAUGACACACUGAAAGCCAUAGACCAGCACAGAUAUUUUACUCUCACUACAACAUUCUACACCUGGAAACAGAAGUUGGCAGAGAAAGAGAAGUGCGGGAGAGUGUUAGAUGUGUGGCAACAUAUCACAUCAUUCAACACCAACAUCACAAAGCUGGGGGAUCACUUCCAGCAGCAGUUGAACAUAAAGACAAUGAGGCAAUGCUGGCAUGCCUGGAUUAUGAGGUCUACUCAGAUGUCUGAGGUGAAGCGCUAUUACAUACAUACUCUUCGUAAGCGAAUCUUCCAAGCAUGGUCUACAUAUGUAGCUGAACGAGUUCAGAGAAGGGAGCAGGCUAGAGACUUUAUGGAGAGGUCAACUAAACAAAGGAUGUUGAAUUUAUGGCGACGUAGACUUUCUCAGAAGUGUCAGGUUGAUGUCAUGUUUGUGGAAUCAUGGCGAAAUCGUAUGUCUGAUAUUUUACAAAGAUGGCGCUACUGGUCUGCAGAAUGCAAGGCACGACGUAAAGUUGGUGAGGUGCUGCGGUUGAAGUUUGACAUGCGGUCCCUAGCCUUAGGCUUCCAACUUUGGAGACAAGAAGCUCAUAAAUUACAGCGACUCAGACAAAUAUAUGAACAGAAUUUACUUGCAAGAUGUCUCAGGGGAUGGAGAAACACUGUUCUUGAAGAUAAGGAAAAUGAGAUGAAACUGCAAUUGUUCCACCGACAUCAUAACUCUAGACGUCUAGCAGGUGCAUUCUGUCAUUGGUUCCAUGUGUAUGCUACACAGAAACAGGCCAGAGAUCACCAUGAUGCAUUGUUGCAGCAACAAGUUGCUCAGAUUGCCACCUAUUGGCAUCAGAAGACACUAGCCUCUCGAGCUGUCCGAUUCCAUAAUGCUUUGUUAAAAACAAAGGUGUUCUGUAUAUGGCAAGCAGCACUUAAUGAACAACGCAAUCUGAGAAUCCUUGUGCUUAAAAUGGGUAACCUAUGGCGUGAGAAAACAGAGCUAUGUAAGGUUCAGAGGCUGGAAGCAGAUGAGUUCAGGAAAAUACAGGAAACUAUGGCAACUAAACGACUGUUUAAAAUGUGGUGCAAUAAUACUAAGAAAGUUGAAGAUGCCAAACAUCAUUUUCAAGAUCAGAUUAUUUCAAAGUGCUUCAGAGGCUGGAGAGACUUUACAUUGAGGAAACACACGCUGAAAGAGAAACAAAAAGAAUUGUUGAAGCAGCGACAUCUUAAACAGCUCUCAGUGUCGUAUGGAAUCUGGAAGAACGAAUAUCUCCUAGCCGAGAGACGUGAAACUUUGCUGCGAGGCCAUCUUUUGAUGAGGUCAAAGGUGAAUGUUCAGGUCAAGUUCACUGCCUGGCGAGACUGUUGUCAUGACACCAAAGCAACAAACCACCACAAUAGACAAUUGGUGGGGAAGGUGCUGAGGGCUUGGUGCAUCUGGACUAGAAAUCAAUAUGACAGAAAGAUGCGUCAAGCUGCAUUGGAACGAGCCCUGAAUGAGUGUACAAUAAGGACAGCUCUACAACAAUGGAAACAUGAAUACAACCUGCGACAACUGGUCAAUAAACAUUACCAGAGCACACUGCAGACCAGAGUGAUUCAAUUAUGGCAUGGUUUCAUUGUGAAAAAGAAGAAACUGAAUCUGCUCAGAAAUGUUUGUAUUGCAAAACAUGAUCAGUCCCUCAUGAAACAAGCUCUAACAACCUGGAAGUCAAAACAUGAAAUCUGCAUAGUUCACGCUGGCUUAUCCCAAGAAAUUAAACAUCGUCAUAAUAAAAGAUUGAUAUCCAAAUAUUUCAUCACAUGGAGAGAGCACUACAGAGAGAACCUCGCUGUGAAACACUAUAGCAAGGUUGUGCUGGCUAGAAUGUUCAACGCGUGGUGUGUGUAUCUGAAAGAUUUGAAAGAAACUAGAAGAAUGGACCAUGACCUGGCUGAGUUAGCACAACAUCAUUAUGAACAAAAACAGUGCAAACUAGUGCUUCAGGCUUGGUACAAUGAGGUUCUCGUGACAAGGCAGCAAGAGAAAAGACAACAGAAGCUGAUGCUGAAGUAUGGCACUCUCUGGAAGAGGAGGGUUGAUAUGGCCCACACUGCACGUCAAGUGUAUGUUUAUAAAGUAUACCGUAAAAUUUGGCGGAUCUGGCGACAUAUAUUCAUCCAGCACAAGACUGUUGCUCACAUGACUCUCCAGGAGAACAAAGAGCUCAUUUCCACCAUUUUCAACAAAUGGCGCCACCUAGCUUCCAUAGAACAUGUCUCUAAAAAUGUCCAGGAUCAGCGAUGUGCCGAUGAACUAAGACUCAGGUUCAAUUAUUGGAUGGAUCAGAUGAGCAGUUAUGAUAAUCUGAAUGGAACAAACUCAACUGGAAUCUCAAUAUCUGUGAUGUCAGACCAAUCACACUAUGGUAACCCUUGAGAAUGGCACAACUGUUUUCAUUGGAUCAAGAGAGAGUUUUGAUCAGGUGUUUCUUUCUGACUUGUGACUUAGAUCCCAAAAAAUGUUGGAAAUUGGAAUAAUAUGAUAAUGGAACAAGCAUUGAUGUGAACUCUAUUAUAUUAUAUUGUGAUAGAGAACUUCGAAAAUGAAGAGUUGAAAAUACACAGGAGCAAUAUUUGAAAGAAGAAUGUACUAAAUGCCAACACAAUAUAUUCGUAUGGUUAAGAGUUGAAAAAUAGAAAAUAGGUCUCAGAUUUCUUGCUGUUUUUCCAUACAGUAUUAAUGUCUGCAAGUAUGCAGUUCAGAGAAUAGGUUAUACAUGUAAAUGAUGAGACUCUGAAUUUCAUAUUAUAUUCCAUUAAUACUUCCUGGAGUUUGGGAUUAUUAGUACUUUAAGAAUGAAUGGUGCCCUAUUUUAAUGGCAAGUUUUUUCUAAUUAGCCCCAAUGUUUGACUUCAUGUUUUCAUAAUGCAAACGGGUCGAGCUAAAGUUAUAAGUGCAGCUGGUCAAAAUGGCAUUACGAACUAGU